AUGCCUGACGACGUUCCUUACAAAAGACAACGCGUUUCUAAAGCUUGUGAUUCUUGUCGUCGCAAGAAAGUGAAGUGUGAUGGUAUUCAACCAACUUGCGGUAACUGUUCUGCCUUUAACUUAGAAUGUACAUAUAAUGAUACAACGAAGAAGAGAGGACCUCCAAAAGGUUACAUUGAAGCUAUUGAAACUCGAUUACAUAGAAUGGAAUCCCUUUUAGGUGGAUUAGUUCAUAGUAAUGAUCCAAGAGCUGAAGCUGUUUUAGCAGAAUUAAUGCAUGAUGAUUUACGUUCUCAACAUAAAGCUGAUUUCACAUCUUAUCGUAAUAGUUCAUCAUCUACUUCUAGUGAUAGUUCACAAUCUGGAGUUUUAAAUACUAGUUUACCGACACUAGAUGGUAAAGAUAGUCCAAUAAUUGAUGAUUUAAAUGAAGUUAUGGGUAUUCUUAGUAUUGACGAAAACAAACAAGUUAGAUAUCAUGGUAGAAGUAGUGGGCUUUAUCUAUUGAGAAAAAGUGAUAAAUAUAAGGAUGGUAUUUUAUCAAUCAAAAAUCGUUCAAAUUGGGGUCACCAGGGUGAAGUAAUUGCUUCUACUCAAAAUUUCGAUUUAUUAAAACGAUCAGAAUUAACAGAAUUACCUUCUCAAGAAAUAUCUGAUCAUUUGUUAGAACUUUUUUUUACUCAUGUGCACCCUAUAUUACCUUUUAUUUACAAACCACGCUUUUUUGAUCAGUUAAAAGAUAAAAAUCAUUUACCUCAUCUUUUAUUAAAUGCAAUUUAUUCAUUUGCUGCUUUAUUCUCUGAUAGAAUUGAUAUUCGAAGAAUUCCUGAGGAUCGUACAACAGCUGGUGAUAUUUACUUUGAUCGUGCAAAGGCGUUACUUGACAACGAUUAUGAUAAAGCACGUGUGUCCACUAUUCAGGCUUUGCUUGCUUUAUCUCUAAGGGAAUAUGGUGUUGGUAGAGUCACAAGAGCUUGGCUUUGGUCUGGUAUGGCCGCUCGUAUGGCUCAGGAUUUAGGAAUGCAUCGUAAUAAUGAAAAAUGGCAUCCAAUUAAUUUGACUCGUGAAGAACGGGAAGAACAAAAACGAGUAUUUUGGGCUUGUUUUGUGCUUGAUAGGAUACCAAGUGCACAUUUGGGUCGACCAUUAGCUAUUGAUGAAAAGGAUGUUGAUGCUGCACAUCCUUCGGAAGAAGAGGAAGAUGAAUUUGAACCACUUCCAUUUAAAAUGGAACACGUAACAGUUUCAUCGACUUCAUCCCCAAUAUCGUCAAGUAAUAACAGUUUAAUAGGAUCACCGGUGUCAUCGAAUAAUUCAAAUCAUUCUCAGAAAAAUUCCGGUUGUCGAGCGCAUUCUGUAUCUCGGUUUAAUCAUUUAUUGAAACUUUGUGAAAUUAUGGGUCGAGUCAUACAGAAUGUAUAUGCUAUUAGAAGUGCACAUGUUUCUAUGACAACCGAUACUGUUCUGUCAAUUUUGGACUCUUCUCUUACUUCAUGGUAUAUAUCUUUACCUCCACAUUUACGAUAUAAUCCUUCUUCAGAUCAACCUUCAGAUCCACCUACACUUGUUCUUCACAUACUUUAUUAUUCUGCUUUAAUGUUAUUACAUCAACCUUAUUCAGCAGGACAACAAUCAUCACAUAAUAUAUGUUCUCAAGCCGCAAACGCUAUUACUGAGAUAGCGGAAACAUUAAUGAAACGUAAUAUAUUAAAGCAUUCAUUAAAUGUUGUUGUCUAUUGUGUUUUCACUGCUAGUGUUAUUCACACAUAUAAUGCUACACAAGAAGAUAAUUCUAUAUCUCAACCCGCAAAAGUUAAUCUUGCUAAAUCAAUAAAUGUAUUGAAUGAAUUAAAAAAUAUUUGGCCAACAGCACACAAAUAUGUUGAUCUUUUAAAUGGAUUAGUAGAUUUAAAGGAUGUACAAUUGGAUUCUUCUUUAAGUCUAAAAGGCAGCACAAAUACAGAUGGAUCUCGUGGGUCGAAGAAACGUGUAAAUUCUUCCAAUAAUACAAAUCAACAACCUCCACCUGUCGGAGUUGUUGAUAGACAUGUGAGGCAGGCUCGAUACCGUGCACAAUAUAAUCAACCUACGUCAGAAAAUGACAAUAAUAACGAUAAUUCUACAAUAACACCGCCUCCGCAAUUUAAUACAGUUCCCUCCUCAAUAAACCCAUCUACAACCUACCAACGAUUACCACCGGUAUUAAGUUUUAAUCACGCUCCAAUAACAUCUCAACCUACACAAUUUAGUGCAACACAGUUUACUCAGCAACAACCUGCAAGGCAACAGUUAAGACAUGAUUUACCUGAGUCAGCACAAAUGUUCAAUAAUACUCUUGGAUUUAGGUACAUGACAUCAAACACGAACGAUCCACAAAAUCAACCAACAAUAGGUGAUACAGAUCCCUACGCUGCUCCAGGUAUGGCAACAAAUAAUAGCGUCGGAAAUAAUACAUUUGAACCGUUAAAUUCCGGGUUUUGGGGUAUUCCUCACAAUGCAAAUCUAGAUGAUUGGACAUCAUUUCUUGGAUCACAAUAUGCAUCACCAACGUUACCCUCUCAACCUACAAAUUUACCGAUUCCAAGAAUUUCUUCAAUUUCUUCAUCUGCAGGAUCUUUAUCUUCUUUACAACGACAACAACAGCAACAGCAUGUAUUGCUACAUAGUGACGGGAAUGAUGUUAAUAUGUUUGCUGAUAAUCAUCCGCUGAUAUCAGAUGUUAUGGGGAUAAGUAAUAAUGGAGGCAAGCGAGUUAACACAUUCAAUAACUCUAAUACUGGUGGAAAUAACGGUGGUACAGGAGACAAUUCAACUGUGCCUUUACCAUAUUAUUAA